UUCUAUUUGUAAUGAAAUCUGAAUACGAUGUGAUUACUUUUUACCUUUUCCAGGGAGAACAACGAUUGGAUCUCUGUAAAACAAGGUUUUGUUUGCCAUACACCAUAAAUUUUUGCAAUUUAACACAAAUUCGGCAGCCGAAUGGCCCAAUACGAAGCAUUCGUCGAUCACAGCACGCACCUUAUCCACUUGUAAAACUAACCCCUCAGGAAGCACAACAAUUAAAUGCCAACAUCUAUAAAGAUUUUACUACGACACGCAAUAACACUUUACCCACAACCGCAGCCCAGUUGGCGGAUACUAAACAGCUACAGCAGCGCAUGACAUUGCAUAAUAAUGGCUUGUCCACAACAUCCUUUCCUCAUGCAAGUCGACAACCGCAACCGUUACCUCCAAUGGUAACUGUAUCCAGUCAACACAUUCCACACGCUCACCACCAGCAACAAAUAAACCACCACCAUAGCCACCCUCACCUGCAAUCAUCUUCUUCGCAUGCGCAGCCUCAACAUCGCAAUAAAUCACACAAAAAAAACAGCGAAACAUCCACCACCAAUUUGCGGCAUAUUCUCAACAAUUUGAACAUAUUCGGAAGUAGCACAAAAAGUAACAGCCAGCAUAUGAAUAACAAUAGCAGUAUGGCCCAGACUUCAACCUCGAAUCAUUUAGGCAUGCAGUUCUCCCAUUCCAAAACCCCACUAACUGCUUCAAUGAAAAGUCACCACAGCCGUUGCUCGGAUGGUUCCUUACAGUCGCACCGCAGCAGUCGUUUGGGCUCUCACCGGUCUCGUUCACGCACACGUGCAUCGGAUACAGACACAAACAGCAUGAAAUCUACACGGCGUCCGAGUGUUGACACAGUUUCCACAUAUCUCUCGCACGAAAGCAAGGAAAGUUUACGUAGUCGUAAUUUCGCCAUAUCUGUUAACGAUCUGCUUGAUUGUUCUUUGGGCAGCGAUGAAGUAUUUGUACCAUCGUUGCCACCAUCUUCUCUGGGCGAGCGUGCACCAGCACCUCCUCCACUACCACAUCAUGUGAGCUCUAUAAAUUUAGCGCCCUCUGUAGGUACCGCUGGUGGUUCUGUUACAGUAGUAGCUACGCUUCACAAUACUCAUCAACACCAAUCUCAGCAACAAUUAGCAUCAUCAACACAACAAUCAGCUAUUGCUGGCGCGAUUGUGGGUGUGGAUCCAGCAAGUGAUAUGAUAUCUCGAUUCGUUAAGGUGGCAGAGCCGCCCUUGUGGCCAAACGCCCAACCGUGUCCCAUGUGUAUGGAAGAGCUGGUGCAAAGCGCACAGAAUCCAACUAUUGCCUUAACUCGCUGUCAGCAUUUAAUGCAUUUACAAUGCCUCAAUGGCAUGAUUAUAGCACAGCAAGGUGAAAGGAGCAAGAAUCUCUUCAUUGAGUGUCCAGUGUGCGGUAUCGUUUAUGGUGAAAAAGUUGGUAACCAACCAAAUGGCACUAUGUCAUGGAGCAUCAUUAGCAAAAGUUUGCCAGGCCAUGAGGGUCAGAAUACCAUACAAAUUGUUUACGACAUCGCAUCUGGCGUACAAACCGAUGAACAUCCACAUCCAGGUCGAGCUUUCUUCGCUGUUGGAUUUCCGCGCGUGUGUUACCUACCCGACUGCCCGCUUGGUCGCAAAGUAUUGCGCUUUCUAAAAAUUGCCUUCGAUAGGCGUCUCUUAUUCUCGAUUGGCCGUUCGGUUACCACAGGUCGUGAAGACGUCGUAAUUUGGAAUAGCGUGGAUCACAAAACGCAAUUCAAUAUGUUCCCAGACCCAACGUAUUUACAACGUUGCAUGCAACAAUUAGUGCACUUGGGUGUCACCGAUUGAUGGACGCCAAUGAUGAAUACGAAAUUAGAUUUAAAAUAUUUUAGUUAGUGUGCAAUUUGAAAGUGUUUCAAAGUAAGUUGCGUUCGAGUAGCUCGAACUUUAAAUACCCAAGUGGUUUCCAUUUUGUGUCAAAUGUAAAGUGCUGAAGGCGUCAUGCAUGCAUAAUUUUAUAAGCUUUAAAAUUGUAGGUUUUAAAAAUUUACUAGACUUCCUUGAAUGUUCUUCCAUAUUAGUUUCUAGUUUUAGAUAGUAUGGAUGUAUUUAAUAUCCAAAUUUGCUUAUGAUUUACUAUGAAGCAAUUUUUAAUUAUUUCGCUAGGUAUUAGU